AACUUCCAGAGCUUGAUAUUUCUCAACUCCAUACCCUGCCCUGGUUGAUCUAGGAACCCAACAAGAUGCUCUGCAGACCAAUAUUACUGUGAGCCUGAAAUUAAUUUUCAUCGGCAACUUCCACAGCCCGCUCAAGGUAUAUUUCUUCUCCUCAUGAAACGGACGGUAGUCCAUCCGUCCACCUCCUACCACCAACCGUCUGUUUGAAUAUCCAAGAUACUCAAAGACACCCACCUCAUGCACCGGAUUAAGACAUAUUUUGAUUGUUAUUUUUGAUGAGUGUAUUGUCAAAACCAAGCGUCCAAGGUAAUGGAUAACUUGGAUGGGUAGCAAAGCGCAACGGGCCGUCACCAGCACCUGCCAAACAUCCAAAGUUCAGCCACGGCAUCUCAUGGCUCUGGUAACUUCCCAGAAAACUGACCUACCCGUGCCUCCUAUUCCAGGCAGACCAAGGCACCAACCCCAUACUGCUGUCAGUCAGUCAGCUUGCGCCAACUAUCAUCAACCUCUUCCUUCGUUUCAGCAGCGUUGAUCGGUAUUCUUUCUCUCUUUCCCCAACGCAACACGGCAUAUCAAUCCAGCAUGGGUCCGAGAAAACCACCGAACAAGCAUCCGUUUUAUGCACCAGAGGACUCCUCCUCUCUAAAACACGUCACCAACGCAGAGGAUAUUAGGGAUUUCGCUCCUCGUCGCUCGGGUCGCGCGACUAAGAAGCCCAGCCAUCCUGGUGAUAUCGAACAAGAGCAGGCACCUGCGAAGACUAGAAAGCGGAAGGCAAAUAACCCAGCACUUGAUAAGCCGGAGCCUGAGGCAGAGCAGGAUGAGGGGCAGCAAUCUGGGCCCGACUCUGAUCCUGACAGUGAACCUGAGCCCGAACUGCCCGAGCACGUGACGAAAGACAUCAUCGCGGCGUCGCUCGAACCAUGGAAGGAAAACGAAUUGGAAGAGUGGGAUGGUUGGGCAGAGGUGGUGUCGGAUCCCAAGCUCUUCACCGACAUCUUAAGAAAGCUGGGUGUUGAGGACGCAGAGAUAAGAGAACCGCUGGACCUCGAGACGCUCGCUGCCACUUUUGAGUCUCCGGUUUAUGGGUUGGUAUUCCUUCAAAGUUACAUAAGUAUGCGGCAGGUUUGGCUCCCGCAUCAGCCCGACGACAAAUCAGAUUUGUGGUUCUCCAGGCAGACGGCUACGAAUGCGUGCGGUACCAUUGCCCUCCUGAACAUUGUCAUGAACGCCAAAGAUCUUGCUCUCGGGGAAAAGCUUAGCGAGUUCAAGGAGCAGUCCAAGGACUUGAGCCCCCCGUUCCGAGGCAACAAGGUCGCCACCAGCACCUUUAUACGAGCUGCCCACAAUAUGCACAACAGCCGCCUUGACCUUCUAAAUGCUGUGCUGGAGCUUGAACAAGACGCCAUGCGGAACAAGCGGGCCCGGGCGGCCAAGAGGGCAAGGGGAAAGGCAGCAUCUGCUAAUAGAAGACGCAGUAGUGGUGCUUCUAGUGCAGCCUAUCAUUUUGUUGCUUUUGUGCCCAUCGGUAACGGCAUCUGGCUUUUUGAUGGCUUGGACACGGAACCGGGAUACAUCUGCGACAUUGAGAAUCCCGACAACUGGUUAAUAGACAUUCAGUGGACUCUGGAAGAGUACAUGAGAGGGCGGGAAACCGAGUGCAACCUCAUGGCCCUCUGCGGGAACACCCAAACCGACAGCGAAAAUAGGGCUGCCAGCCGCCAAAACGAUUUCGGACUGGCCAUUCACGAGUGGAUAAAAAGGUUGAGCGAGUCUGGUGCCCUUGACGAGCUCGUCGAGAAUUAGUUGAUCUUGCAGGAAGCGGAGAGAUACCCGGAAAAUGUGGAAUAUGAGGAUGGGGAGUAUGAAGAUGACGAGUGCUGUGAAUUCGAAGACGGUUAUCGUUGGGAUGAUGAUGAUAAUGGAGAAAAUAAUACAAGCAAGAAGAGGGCCAGGUCGCCGGGACUUGACGACGAAGAAAUACGGCGGAAAAGGCGGAGAUGGUUGGCCGACUUGACCGGAGACUUGAGGCCGCUUCUGUAUCAACUUUGGCAACACCUGAAUAUGGAUACGACGUUCGUUACCCUGGAUCAGUUCAGGCCUGGGACGCAGGGAGAGAUUGAGCUUCCAUCUUUCCUUCUCAAGAAUCCGACUGUGACUGAUUGGUUUGAUAUUUUGCAGAACAAGAAAAAGAAUAAGAAAAAAAAGUAACUGUCUUGAUAGCGAGAAUUUAUAUAGACAUAAAUAAUGCAAAUGGAAAAAAAGGGAAAAAAAAAGUCCACGGCGUGUGUGCCAGCAGAAUGUGAAUAGUUUCCAUGACGUAUUAUGC